CAAUAUGGCGACGAGCGGAUGACGCGCGCGCUCCCCCUGCCGCCCGCUUCCAGUUUUUUCGGGCUUCGGCAACUGCCAUUCGUCUCGUAUGAUUUCACUUUGCAAUGAAUGAAAACGGUGGUGGAUAGUCCCGAAAUCGAACAAUUCUGAUUAGAACUGCAAGCGACAGGACCCUAUUUACAGGGAUUUGUGUUUAGUGUUUCAAGAAAGGUGGAUUCGUGGUGUAAGUGCAUUAUUUACCAGUUCCCCCUUUUGAUUGUGAAACUACAGUGUUUACGUGCUGAAAACACCGUGUUGAGUGAGUCCUGCUGCUCCUCGGGUCUAUUAUCCGCCGUUAAUGUGGUCUUGUUGAUCAACAGGUGUUGAAGGUCAGGCGGCAUCAUGCCGGAGAGCGUGGCCAAGGAGGGCAAGGAGGCGUCCCCGCGGCGCCGCCCCGCCGGCAACGCCGCGCGCGUCAACGUCGAGCUCCUCGACGGCUCCACGCUCGAGCUGGAUGUCGAGAGAAAGAUCCGCGGCCAUGAGCUGCUGGGCCGCGUGUGCGACAAGCUCAACUUGGUGGAGAAGGACUACUUCGGGCUGCUGUACGAGGACCGCGGCGACCCGCGCGUGUGGGUCGACCUGGAGAAGCGCGUGUCCAAGAUGCUGAGGCACUCACCCUGGAACGUGCGUUUCGCCGUCAAGUUCUACCCUCCGGAGCCCGCCCAACUCCAAGAAGAAGUCACCCGCUACCAGCUAGUGCUGGCGGUUCGCAAGGACCUGCUAGAAGGCCGCCUGCCCUGUUCCACCGUCACGCAUGCCCUCCUAGCUUCGUACUUACUGCAGUCGGAGCUGGGUGAUUAUGAAGAGAGUGAAGUCGGGUCGGGGUUGUGCAAGCAGUUGAAGCUGGUGCCGCCCUCGGCGUGUACUCCGGAGCUGGAGGAGAAGGUUGUGGAACUGCAUAAGACUCAUCGAGGCCAAACGCCCGCCGAAGCGGAACUGAACUACCUGGAGAACGCGAAGAAGCUGGCGAUGUACGGCGUGGACCUGCACCCCGCCAAGGACUCGGAGAGCGUGGACAUCACGCUCGGAGUGUGCUCGUCGGGCCUGCUGGUGCACCGGGAGAAACUCCGCAUCAACCGAUUCGCGUGGCCCAAGAUCCUGAAGAUCAGCUACAAGCGGCACAACUUCUACGUGAAGCUUCGACCCGGCGAGUUCGAGCAGUUCGAGUCUACUGUUGGGUUCAAGCUGCAGCACCAUCGGGCGGCUAAGAAGCUGUGGAAAACUUGUGUGGAGCAUCAUACGUUCUUCAGGCUGCUGACCCCGGAGCCGCCGGCCAAGUCGUCGUUCUUCCCGCGCUUCGGCUCGCGCCUGCACUUCCCGCGGCGCACGCACCACGAGUCCCGCUCCAGCACCAUCGACCGCCCGCCGCCCCACUUCGCGCGCACGCUGUCCCACAGGAAGCUGUCGUCUAGGAGCAUGGACGCGCUGGCGGCGGCGGAGAAGCAGCAGGAGCGCGAGGCCAUGCCGCCCGAGGCCGCCAAGAGACACACCAUGCCGCCGCAGCCCGCGCCGCGCCCCGCCGGCGUCAAGGAUAAGCUCCGUAGGACGUCGUGCGAGGGAGGCAGCGCGUCGUCCGCUUCGUCCCUGGAGGGCGAGUACUUGGCGGGCCGCAGCGAGCGAGUGAAACCGCCCCCCGGCGCCGUGAAGGUGAUGCCGACUGCCCCCAUCAAGGAGAAAGAGAAAGAGAGAAAAGAGAAAGAGUCGAAGGAGAAGGAGAAGGAGGCCGUCAAGGUGGCCGUCGCCGAGCAGAAGAAACCCGCUGAGAACGGUACAGAGAACGGCAGCGACACCGGCCACGCCAACAACGUCGAGACCACGCCUAAGAAGAGCAAGACUGGGUUCGGUCUAUUCGGAGGCAAAAAAGACAGGUCGCCGCGAGAGAAAUCGCCCAAGAAAUCCCCGGAGAAAUCACCCAAAUCACCCAAGAGAGAAAAGGACAAGAAGUCCAAGGAAAAGGACGCAAAGGCUAAAUCGCCUGCGCUCGAUACUUCCAACGAGAGCUCCAAUCUCGACAGCACUCUCGAGAGAACUCCGACUAAGGAGAGUCCAGAGAAGCCUGGCUACACCAAGCCAUACGAGUACAAUGACACAGAAACCAGCCCGUCAAAGGGUGGCAAGCCGCUCAUUGGUGCCUUCAGCUACGAGAAAGAGCCAGUGGGAGGCGACAGACAGAGGCAUCCGGACGAGAGCCAGAGCCCGACAACACGCAAGUCUGGCCUCGCAUUCAACUACGCACCAGGUGAAGACAAGAAAGUAGCCGAAAGCGCUGAGAAGCGCAAGACUCCUGACGAUCUCAGCAAGCUGAAAACGCCAGGGAUUGACUACGUGCAAUCAGCAGCUUUGAAAGAACAAGCGAAGGCGGAUAAGAAUCUCAUAGACCCGACAUUAGCUUUACUGGACGCUGAAAGAGCACAUCAUGAGGCCCCACUAGCGGCUGUAGCCCCCGUGGCUAAACCAGAUAACGAAAUACAAGUGGUCAUCAUCACGGGACGAUUCAACCCGAAAUCCAAGAAGCUGGAUGACGCAAACGGCACGGUUUUGGUCACCAAAGGAACUAUUAACAGACCAAAUGGAAAGAUUACCACGGAAAAGGAGGUCAUUGAUACUAAGUCAGGGCAUAUUACUUACACAGACGCGUCUGGAAAGCAGGAGACUAAGAACGGUCACGUAGAUAAUAAGACGGGACAUAUUCUGCUUACGUCAGGAGUGAUCGACCCGAAGACUGGAAAGAUGGACCCAACGUUGGCCCAACAGUACUGCUUCGUUGAGAGAUUGAGCGACAAAGUUGGCUCCAAGCCUGGCAGAGAGGUUGAGUUGGUCGUCAUCACGGGUAAAUACGACGGGAAACAUAAGAAGCUCGAUGCCUCUCAUGGACAUGUAGAACUAUCUAAAGCCAUUGUGGGACCUGACGGCAAAGUCUCUUCAAACUACGGAGUUAUUGACCCAAGGUCAGGGAAAAUCGACUACAUUGACCCUAAGACAGGAAAGCAAGAGCCCAGACAAGCCUACGUCGACCAAAAGACAGGAAACAUCCUGGUAACAACGGGAGUGCACGACCCUAAGUCCGGUAAAGUGGAUUCUUCCCUCGGCCAACAGUUCAGUAUUGUUGAAAAAGACGCAACUAAGGCUAACCGCGAGGUCCGUCUAGUCGUUAUCACCAGCAAAUACGACCUUAAGAGCAAAAAGUUAGACCCUACUUUCGCUCACGUCGAUUCCGUGAAAGGAGUUCUGUCAGGCACUGACGGCAAAAUCUACACAGAUUACGGAGUCAUUGACCCAAGAACUGGCGACAUUACGACCACAGACCCUAAGACUGGCAAGCAAGAGGUCAGACGCGCUCAGGUCGACCCUAAGACAGGGAAUAUUCUGUUAACAUCAGGUGUUGUUGACCCCAGAACAGGCCAGUUGGACACGACUCUCGGACAACAAUACAGCAUUGUCGACAAACCUAUUGAUACCUUCGCUGGCGUCGCCGGUAAGGAAGUACAAUUGGUAGCCGUUACGUCAAAAUACGACUCUAAAAACAAGAAGCUAGAUAACACUAAUGGUUUCGUUGAGAACUCUCGCGCGGUUAUAAGCGACAAAGACGGCAAAGUUCACACUAACUUUGGCAUUCUUGACCCGAACACUGGCAAGAUACACUUCACAGACCCAAAGACAGGGAAAGCGGACUCAAAGCAGGCUAUUGUUGACGCUAAAACCGGCAGUUUUAUUCUUACUUCGGGAGUCAUUGACCCUAAGACUGGAAAGAGUGACUCUUCACUAGCUCAGCAAUUAACCGUCGUAGACAAAGACGCACCUAAAGGAAUCCCUGAAAGAUACGUCAACUUGAUCAUCAUCACAUCCAAAUACGACCUUAAGAACAAGAAACUAGACCUGUCUAACGCCCACGUUGAUAGUAUUCCUGGUAAAAUUGGUUCAGAUGACAAAAUACAUACUGAAUACGGCAUUGUUGAUCCAAGCACUGGCCAAAUUACCAUCACUGAGCCAGUGACGGGCAAGCAGGAAGUUAAGAAAGCGACAGUUGACAGUAAGACAGGAAAUCUACUGCUGACUUCUGGAGUCGUUGAUCCGAAGACAGGACAAGUUGACUCCACGUUAGGACAACAGAUCAGCGUGGUUGACAAGCCGAAAGACAAAUUCGCGGCUGUCCCUGGCAAAGAAGUACAAUUAGUGGUCAUCACAAGCAAAUAUGACGCCAAGAACAAGAGAUUGGACAACCCUAACGGUCACGUUGACUCUUCAAGAGGUAUUGUGAGCUCUGAUGGCAGAGUACACACAAACUUUGGCGUCAUUGACCCUAAGACCGGUAAAAUUGAAUACGUUGACCCUAAAACAGGCAAACAAGAACUUAAACAAGCCAUGGCUGACCCUAAGACCGGUCAUCUUAUUGUGACCUCCGGUGUAACGGACCCUAAGACCGGCAAAACCGACUCUUCUCUCGCCCAGCAGUUCAGUAUUGUCGACAAAGACGUCAAGCCCAUCGAAAGGGAAAUCCAUCUGGUAAUCAUCACAACUAAAUACGAUCCCAAGACGAAGAAGCUUGACCCAAGUCAAGCACAGGUAGAUACCGUCAGCGGCACUCUGGGAGCUGAUGGAAAGAUCAGGACAGCUGUUGGUGUCAUUGACCCCUCGACUGGCGAGGUCACCGUGACUGACCCUAAGACCGGCAAACAAGAGGUCAAGAAGGCCCAAGUGGACUCCGCCACAGGCCAUAUGCUCAUCACCAGCCAAGUGGUCGACCCUAAGACAGGAAAGGUCGACCCGACCCUAGCCCAACAAUACAGCAUUGUCAACAAAACUGUAACCCCGAUCGCCAAGCCGGCUUCCGUCGGAGAAAUCCGCCUCGUAAUCAUCACCAGUAAAUACGACCCUAAGACGAAAACAGUUGACGCCAGCGCUGGCGCAAUCGACGCGGCUAAAGGCUACGUUAGUGCUGAAGACGGGAAAAUCCACACUGACUUCGGCAUCAUCGACCCCAAGUCCGGACAGAUCCUAUACAAAGACCCGGUGACAGGCAAGCAGGAGCUGAAGCAAGCAGACGUCGACCCUAAGACUGGCAACAUCAUAGUCACAGUCUCAGUGGUCGACCCCAAGACCGGGAAGGUAGACCCGACAUUCGCGCAACAGUUGACGAUUGUUGAUAAGCAGAAUGUGUUGUCUAAGGUAGCCAAGGCUGCCCCGCCGGCGCCUGUGAGGUCAACGACCCCUGUAGCUGCACCGCCAGCCCACUUGCCCGUCCACUCGCCCGCGCACUCGCCCGCCCACUCGCCAGUCACUAACGUAGCGCCAGUAGCUAGGCUCCCGUCCCCAACUAAACCGACCAGUGCGCCGCCAGAACCACCCAAACGAAAGAUCGUCAAAAUCAUGGUCAUAUUCACCAAACUUGACCCCAAGACUAAGAAGCCAGACUUCGCGUCAGCUGAGGUAGAACAUUUGACUGGAGUCUUGGACCCUAACGGACAGAUUGAGACCAAAUAUGGCGUUAUCGACUCCAACAAAGGUAGCAUUGUCAUCACCGACGCGUCAGGGCAGAAGCUUACGAAGAGUGGAACCGUUCUGCCUGAAACUGGACAAAUAUUUAUUAACUCCGGUGUAUUAGACCCUAAGACGAAUAAGGUCGACACGAACUUAGGAAUGAUUCUGAGCGUCGCCAAGCAAGAUGACCCCGUGGUUGAGAUCACAACCAUCACUGGACCGAUUGACGCCCAAACUGGCAAAGUAAACAUUGCUGAUGGAGUAGUUGAACACACGAAGGGUAAGGUCGACGCUGAAACGGGACACAUUUCCACCAAAUACGGAGUCAUUGACCCUUCAAACGGAGUUAUAUUCGUAACAAACACAUCAGGGGCACAGGACACUAAGGAAGUACAAAUUGACGAGAACACCGGCCAGAUUACUAUCACGGGAGCUGUGGACCCCAAGACCGGCAAGUCAGACCCUAAAUUAGGACAGAUAUUGGUGGUCGGAACGCACAUUGACCCAGUUGUCGAAGUCACGACGUUUGUUGGAAAGGUCGAUAACAAGAAGGGAGUCAUUGAACCCAAGCACUCACAAAUAGAGAGCAGCACGGGUCAAUUCAACACUGACAAUAACAUAAUCGACACAAAGUACGGACAAAUCGACCUGGUCAAAGGAACCGUCACCUACAACGACCCCAAGACCGGCAAAUUCGAAAGCAAAGAGGUCAAAGUGGACCCUGUCACUGGACAACUGUUGCUGCGAAGUGGCCAACUGAACCCCAAAUCAGGAAAGCCAGACAAGGACGUAGGAAGACUUAUCUGCCUAAGAAUUAUCCAGAACAAAGUCGAUCCCGUCUCAGGCAAGCAGAUCGUUAAUAACGAGCCCAAGAAUGUCAAAGUGGACCCGAAGACCAACCAAAUCUGGACGGUGGGACCGAGAGACCCGAAAACUGGUGACGUCAUUUACACGGCUGGUCAAAUCGACCCCACUACUGGCUACAUCAUCACAAUUUACGGUCGCCUAGACCCCAAGACUGGCCUGAUUACCAGGACUACAGACAUAGACAAGAGUCUCAUCAAGGUAGACCCAGUCAGUGGACAGAUCUACACCGCCACUGGCCAGCUGGACGAAAACAACGAGCCUCUGUACUCCGCCUCACAAGUGUCUUCUGGGGAAAUCUACACCAAGAUCGGUAAGAUCGACCCCAAGACCGGCCGCCUGAUUAUUGUCAAGAUCUUCGUCAUCACGCAGAAGGACGCCAGCGGAAAGGUUAAAGAGGUCGAUCCUAAAGAGUGCACCAUUGACGAAACCACCGGCAGAAUCAUCACGACUAAGACCGUUUACUUGUACCAAAUCAUCGACCCGAUUACCGGAGAAUCUAUCGAUGUGGACCCAGACGACCCACGCCUCAAGGGCGCGAGAACCACCGUGACGCAAACCAUGACUCUUUCCGGCAAAAUAGACCCGGUUACCGGCAGAAUAAAGACGGAAUACGGCGACAUAGACCCCGACACCGGCGACAUCGACGCGAGCACGGCCGUCAGGGACCCGGUCACCGGCCAGCUGAUCCUGCACUACUCGCAGAUCGACCCCUCGCACUUCCAGGACAAGAGCGGAAACUACACCAUAGAGAAGGAAACCCAGGAUCUGCCAGCAAACAUCGAUAUAGAGAAGGUUAACGUGAAUAAGUUCUCCACAUUCGGCAAAGACGAGAGCCCUGCCCGAGGCGACGAACCUCGCACAUACACGGAGUAUACCACUAGCGAGCACAUCAGACAUCAGGGCUACGUCUCCUCCACCACCCCUGUCUCCUCCAAAAUCCCCGUCUCCCAAAGAAGCACGAGUAAAAGUAAAAGCGGCACCCCCACGCCCCCCGUCGUCGUCAAGACCACCACCAAGCAGCUGCUCACCAAGAACGAAGAAGGCGUCACACACAACGUGGAGCAAGAAGUGGAAAACCUCGGCACUGGGGAGGUCACCUUCUCCACACACACUAACAAGGCGGAAAGCUUAGAGCCGGCGGGCGCUGAAGGGAAGAGCCCCUACGUGACCGCGCGAGCCGUGACCACGCGCACGGCGACCACGCACCACGACCUCGACACGCAGGCCAGGACCCAGCAGAUGGAAGAGAAGACGGUGGCCCACACGCUGACGUCAUCAGCGACCAGGCAGGAGCAGAGAGUGCUGACGCAGGAAGUCAAGACCAUGGUCACGACGGGAGAUAAGAUCACUAGGCACGGUUCAGAAAGCUCCCUGAGCAGUGGCGACUCCGGAACUCCGAUCGACUUCGACGAAGGCGCCGGUGAAGGACAUUACUACACUACGGAGCCGGGCUCGUACACCACGACGACGACGAGCACGGUGGUGGGCGACGCGCCGUUUGGCAGCAUCCUGCACGGAGCCGCCGCGCAUGCGGGCGGCGACGCCACCAACACGACGGAGACGGAGGAGAUCAACGCGGAGGGCGAGGUGGUGUCCUCGCAGACCAUCAGCUCCAAGACACGCACUGUUGAGACUAUCACCUACAAGACGGAACGCAACGGCGUGGUGGAGACGCGCGUGGAGCAGAAGAUCACCAUCCAGUCCGACGGCGACCCCAUCGACCACGACCGCGCGCUCGCCGAGGCCAUCCAGGAAGCAACAGCGAUGAACCCGGACAUGACGGUCGAAAAGAUCGAGAUCCAGCAGCAGAGCACGCAGCCGUAGCCCGCCCCCGCCGCCGCCAUCUUGUAGCCAGCUAGUGCCCGCGACCACCGCCAGGCGGCGCCACCAGGUACCAACGAGUCCACCCACACACCGCUAGGUGGCGCUUAACGGUAUGACACUAUUUGGAUAACUAGUUCAUUCGUGCCCCGAUAGAUGGCAUUGUAUUGUAGUUCAUUCGCGUACCGCUAGAUGUCGUCGUUGUAUGAGAUAUAUUGUUAGUAUUGUGAGUAGAAUGCAUAGAUGACGCUACGUGUACAUUGUAGAAUGACUGUAUCGAGUAACUGCCGAGAAUGUUAUACAGUGCUGCGAGUUACAAGAUGGUUGAUAUUGAACUGUUACAACUUAACGAGUAUGCAUAUUGAGUUACAUACACAUUAGUUGUAAGCGACAACACUGCGAAUAUUAAUUAUUAAGUUAUUUAAUUAUAUAACGGAUAAUUAUUAGCUAUUAACGAUAACGUUGAUUGUACUGGAUGUUGUGACGUCGGAAACGCACUUUUAUAAGUAAUGUUUUAUGUAAGAAUGCAAAUUUUAUUGUAGAAAUUAUUUAAGUUUAGUUUGACGAUGACGAAACAGCAUUUCUACAAAUAUGAAUUCACUAGGAUAAGAAUAAAAUGCAAGUGUCUUUUUAAAAAUCAUAUUCAAAUCUCCAGCUUGGUAGUUUUUCAGACAUAAAUGUUGCCAUAGUAAGAAAAAUAUUUAAAAAUGUUUGUGUAUUUCUAAAAUAUAUUAAACCGUAAUUGUUUUUGUCAGUAGCUUUAAAUAUUACACAAGAAAAAUGGAACCACCGUUUAGGUUAAAAAUGAUUUUCUUUUAUCGAAAUCUCAAUAAAAUACAAUGUAAUGCGGGACUAAUGAUAAAUAUAUACGUUUCGUUAUUCAUGGCCUCUAGUGACCUCUCUAAAGUUAUUUUGUUCGUUAAAUAAAGGAAAGUUUAUUAUAAAAGGCGUUUAGAAAGAGGUUGCUUUUGCCUUAUGUCUGUAUUCAAUGUUAAAGUAAUAUGAAUAUUAUGAAAUGUUGCCUCAAAAUCAAGGUAUAUACAGCAUUUAGGUGCUACUUAGAAUAUAGACGUACGUAUUAUACGUUAUGAUAGAAGUGCCGUGUCUAUACAAAUAAAUAACGAUAUAUGACAAUUUUCGUUACAAAAUAUUAGUAAGUAAUAGCUUUUUGCCUUAAAAUGAGAUGAUUAGGAAUAAUGUAAUCAGUGAUGCGAUAAUAAAAGUUAACGGAUCCCGUUUUAAAGUUGGUUAUGUUAUUUCGAAUAUCACAAAAUGUAAUCUUUAUUCGAUGUCUAUAAGCUCGACUCCUCAAUAUGUCUUUAAUAUAAGGCCAGUUUAGCAUUUGAAAUUUAUAAAUCAUUACAGGCACUCAUCUCGGUGUAAUUAAAACAUGUUAUGUUAAUGAAGUUAUAUGUUGUCGUUAUAACUUAUAACGUCAGAGCAACCGAUUUAUUCAUGUUUGUAUAAACGCAGGACAUUCCAAAGGUUCCACGCAACCUUCACUAAAAGCUAGCUUAAUCAUGACACGACUUUUUUCAUUAAACUUUUUCUAUAAAUCUAGAUUACAGUAAAGUUAAAUGAUAUUGUACAAUUAUUAUUAAAUAUCAAUUAAUAUAUUUGUCUUACACGCUAGUUGUAACGUUUUGUAAUACUGUAUGUAUGUAAGGUAUAUUUUGCAUGUUAAUUUGAAAUCUGAUUUCAGUUUAAUUUUACGAAUUUGACAUUUCUGUGCGGAUGUGAGCGAAUAUGUUGUUCCUAGCAUCACAGUUUACACAAAUACGGAGAUAAAUUAAUAUUAUUAGCUUUUGUAUAAUAAUGACAUAUUCGUUGAUAUCUGAUCUUAGUACGUCCCUUUCAAUUCCUUGUGUUAUUAAUGUCUUUACAAGAAUAUUUAUUUUAAGAUGUUUAUUUUUUUAAAAGAGUUGUCCCUUUCUUCGUAUUUUUUUUAUGUAACAAGAAGAAGUUAUAAAUAAAUAGAAAUUAAAUAAAGAUGCUUUGUUUUAAAA